GUUCGCAACAGCCAAAUCAGGAAUCGCAAACAUCAAUCUGAGGCACACAGCAACUCCUCAUAAGUCAAUAACCCAAGCACCUGCUGUCUAUCAUCAUAGCCAGUGGAGAAGGGGCUUUUCCAGUUCACGUUUGGCCAAUGCUUGUCAGUGACUCACACGACCGUACACUGAGACUCGCACAGCCCAUGAACUCCAAGCUGUUCGGAUUCAAAAAUCGACUUUCAGAACCUGGGAACUGGAACCUCAAGCUUCACCUGCUUACCCACCGCUAAUAAUCAUCUAGCUAGGCUUUCACAGCUCUUCUCCUUGAAACUAUGGCUCACCGAGAGACCGCGCCAUUCCAGCCCCAGAAUCCUCAAGAGAUUCGAGAACUAGUCCAGCAGCUCCAGGCCAAACAGGGUAAAGGCAAAGGCAAAAGCCAAGUCUCGGUCAAGAAGGCUACAUUUACCUUACCUUCAGGCAGGAACGUCGACAGCUGGCGUAUGCAAGACUGGGACUACAAGAAACCAAACCUUCCCACCUACGCUCGAGGAUUAUUUACCUACAUCAACAACGAGGGCGCACAUGAGAUCGCGGUACGAGGAUACGACAAGUUUUUCAACCACGGAGAAGUUACAAAGACCAACUGGGACAAUGUCGAGAAGAACACACGCGGACCCUAUGAGCUGAGCGUCAAAGAGAAUGGAUGCAUCAUCUUCAUUGCCGGGUUAGACGACGGGACGCUCCUCGUAUGCAGCAAACAUUCAACAGGGCCUCGGGAGGAUCCUAAUACGAGCCAUGCUAUUUGGGGAGAAAAAUGGAUCGAUCGGCACUUGGCUACGGUCGGGAAGACUCGCGAGGACCUGGCUCGGACUUUACGCCGCAUGAACGCAACGGCCGUUGCUGAGCUUUGCGAUGAUGAGUUCGAAGAACACGUACUUCCCUAUGGGAGAGAGGAGGCCGGUCUUUAUCUGCAUGGCAUCAAUCUGAACCUCCCCGAAUUUGCCACGUAUCCGGGACCCCUGGUGGACAAGUUCGCCGACGAAUGGGGAAUGAAGAAGGUGGUGUACGUAAUGGAGGAUGACAUCAAGAAGGUCAAGCGAUUUCUUGAUGAGGUUGCCGAGACUGGGAACUACGAUGGACGAGAUACCGAGGGGUUCGUGAUCCGGUGUCAAGCCCGAGACAGCGUCCGGGACUCGCAUGACUGGCAUGAUUGGUUCUUCAAGUACAAGUUUGAGGAACCAUAUUUGAUGUACCGACAGUGGAGAGAAUGUACCAAGUCCAUGAUCGCUGGGAAAGAUCCACGGAUCAAGAAACACAGGAAGAUCACCCAAGAAUACCUCCGAUUUGCUCGCUACCGGUUCGCGCAAAAUCCCCAGCUUGCCAAAGAGUACAACAAAAAUCACGGAAUCAUUGCACUUCGUGAGGAGUUCUUGAAGGCGCAAGGGGUCAAUGGCGCCGACAUUAUCCGACAGGAGAUUGAAAGCGGAGAAGAAGUUGCAGACGUUACGAAUAAUGUUGUUCUCGUGCCAAUUGCAACCAUCGGCUGCGGCAAGACGACCAUUGCUCUUGGCCUGGUGAAGCUCUUCGGUUGGGGCCAUUUCCAAAACGACAACAUCCAGGGCAAGCACCGGCGGCCACAACGAUUCGCCGAGUCAAUCGAAGCGCUACUUGAAGUUCAUCCCGCCGUGUUUGCGGAUCGGAACAAUCAUCAAAAGCGAGAACGUCAGCAGCUAAUCCAAGAUAUCUCGAAGGGGGCCCCGAAAGCGAAGUUCGUGGCACUUCAUUUCGUUCACGAUCCAAGCGACUACAAUGAAGUCCGCAGGAUCAUGCAGGAGCGCGUGUUGAGCCGAGGCGAUAACCAUCAGACCAUUCGUUCCAACGAGAAGGGAACUCAUGAAGUCGUUGGGAUUAUGGAUGGGUUCUUGCAUAGAUUCCAGCCAGUUGAUGCUAGCUCGAGUCCGGAUGAUGCUUUCGAUCUCGUUAUCGAUCUCAGCGCCACCAAGUCGUCACGCGAGAAUCUGGAGACCGUCGUCACGAAGCUCUACGAAGCGUAUCCAAAACUCUUCCCACCGGACAUGCCAACAGCGCAAGACAUGGACGACGCCAUCGCCGACGCGUUAAAUGACUACAAACCCGACAUCAAGCACGACCUUUCGUUCGGCAAGAAGCAGCCUGGGCCAAAGGAGAGUCGCAACAAGUCCAUGCAGGAUGGAUCAAAUGCUCCGAAACCUAAAGCGCCCAAACUCGAAUACUUCGCUGUCAAAUUGGACACAUCACGCAUCAUAGAGAUUCUUUCAGCGGUCUUUUCAGAUGCAGACGAGGCCUCUGCCAACUUUUUCUGGAAGCUCAAGGAGGAAAAUCGCAUCCAACCUCAGUUCCAUGUCACUCUCAUUCACCGGGCAUCUGCCGCCCAACACAAGGACUACUGGGAGAAGCUCUGCGACAUCCAACGCGCUCCGUGGGAAGACGCCGUCUCAAAACGGAAGGGAGGCGAGGGAUUAGAGCCGGAGCUCUCCAAGUGCGAUGUUCAGCUGGAGCGUCUUGUCUGGGAUGACCGGGUCAUGUGUUUUGUCGUUCGCCUUGCCCAGACCGAGGGAGCAAAGGCAGGAAAUGGAGAGCGGGUUGCAUUUGAGACAGUUAACCCCGUGGCGCAUGUUACGGUAGGGACUGCUGCGCCAAGCAUCAAACCGAAGGAGAGCAAUGAUUUGCUGAAGAGGUGGCUGGAGGUCGGCAGUGGGAACGGCACAGGCAUUCACGAGGUGGUCGUAAGUGGAUUCCGGGUGCUUCCUGGCAGCGUGCGAGGCGUUCUGCAGAAGCAUUGAAACUAUCCGGUAUGAACCACCUAUACGACGGACGGUUUGCAGAUGCGAUGGACGUGGAUAGACUCACCUCUUGCUUGGUUCUAUAUCGAUCGGCGGACCUCACAUUAAAGCAAACUACCGAGCCUCUACGGAACAAGGCAUGGCGAUUUUGGAUCAAUUCCGGUGCUUGUAUACCCGAGUAGCUAAAAGUUGUUGAUUAUCCAUACAAUGAAACAUGUGAAUAUCCA